GGUUCGGUUUUGGAGGCUAAAUCUUCCACUCCACCUGAGGGAGGAGUGUCUGCGCGCGCAACACGCGGGAGGGACGCACACCUACACGAGGCUACCUCUCCACCUUUCUCCGUUCUGUGAGCAGACGACGUGACCUUUGUGUCCAUGCGGGAGGUUUGACGACUGACGAGGGGUCUGGAUUAACAGGGAUCAUAUUUUUUAUUCAGGAUCAGAGUGCGUCCACAUCUCCAAAGCGCGCCGCAUGAUGCACGAGGAAGAUGCUUGAGUAGAGGAGCAGCCGCCUGUUGAUCUGUGGGCUUCCCUUUUAUUUCUCAACGAGGAUAUGCAGAGGGAAGGCAACAGCCCUGUGCCCCGAAAAAAAGUGAUUGUGUUCUGCGUAAUGAUGAUGCUCAAUAUCCUCAUCUGCAUUCUGAUGGGUAUGACGUGGAACCUCAGGCAUGUCAAAAGUGUCAGUCAGAAGGUUCGAAGUCCAUCUGAGAGGUUUGUGCAGCAACAGGUACUGAGCAAAUCCUUCUGGAACAAGGAACAGCAGCGCCUGGACUUCAUUUCCAACCAUAGUGUCAACUCCGUGCGCACCGCUGACUCUCUCGUUGAGCUGGCAUAUUGGCUGAAUGACACCGGGCCACUCAACCCCUGUGAACCAGACUACAGAGUCCUCACGCAAGUCUCGGACUACAGUUCCCUGCCGCAGCGCCUCCAGGAUUUCCUUUUGCACAUGCGCUGCAGGACGUACCCCAUGCUGAUAAAUCAGCCUCAUAUUUGUGAUGAAAAACCCUUCCUGCUCCUGGUGGUCAAGUCGCUCAUCCCACAUUUCGACCGGCGGCAGGCCAUUCGAGAAACAUGGGGACGGGCGGGCAUCCUCGCCAAUCGGACUGUGGCAACGGUGUUCCUGCUAGGCAACACCCUGCCUAUGGAUCACUUUCCAGACCUGCUGGGCAUACUGGGAUACGAGGCAAAGCUUCACAAAGACCUCCUUCAAUGGGACUACAGAGACACCUUCUUCAACCUCACCGUGAAGGAGGUCCUCUUCCUGGAGUGGUUCAGCCAAAAUUGUCCCCAUGCCCAGUAUGUCCUCAAGGGUGACGAUGAUGUCUUUGUCAACACCUUACAGAUAAUCAGCCUUCUGGAAGGCUUGUCACAGAACAAGGUUAAGGAUCUGUUUAUAGGUGAUGUUAUCCAUAAUGCCGGUCCACACCGAGACCGGAAACUCAAGUACUUCAUCCCAGAGAGUUUGUUUGAAGGCCCUUACCCGCCUUAUGCAGGAGGCGGAGGAUAUCUGUACUCUGGGCAGGUGGCACUACGCCUUUACAACGUAUCUCAGCAGGUAGUCUCGUAUCCCAUUGACGAUGUCUACACGGGGAUGUGUUUGAAAAAGCUGGGCGUGGUUCCUGAGAAGCACAGCGGCUUCAGGACUUUUGACAUUGAGGAGAAGUACAGGUACAACCCCUGCAUCUACAGGAGCCUGAUGCUGGUUCACAGCCGGACGCCACAGGAAAUGCUGACCAUCUGGCCAUUUAUUAUCCACCCCGAGCUUGACUGCCAGUGAACACCUGCGUUCAUCUUUGUUCGAUAUUUGUUUGCACUGUUUAAUUUUUUUCAAACACAUUGAAACUAUGUUAAAUCCUCAAAUCCAAGCAAAACCUCUGCCAGGGAGGCUAUGUAUUCAAGUCAAGGAAGAACACAUAAUAUUUUGGAGUGGGUCUGAAUCACAGGGUGGACACGCAAUUUUUUUUUUCACUUUUAUGUCAACAUCGCAAGAUUGGAGGAAUAAAUGCCAUACAUCUAAGUAGAUGGUAAUAAAGUUCAGUAAUCGCUUAAAUUUCAUACAAAAAGCAGUUGUUAUGAGGCACUCGGGCUCAACUUGUAUGACUCCAACGUCAACAGGUGAUGUUCAUGUGUGUUGCUUUGUUCUGUUGUUUCAACAUUGAUUUAUUUGUCGUUGUGUUCGUAGCUUAACAUAAUAUUUUCUGAUUUCUGCAGUGACUGAUGUAUACAACAACUUUUUCACUAUGUGUGUAGUAAAGAUAUAUUUUUCUAUAUGCAAAUUAUAAUUUGAUUAAAUCAAAACAAAAUUACUUGUGAAUGUACGUAUUUUUGUACUAACUGCUUCUGAUAACAACCUGCCAUUUUCAUUAUAUUGUUUCAGCAUUUCAUAUCUGUAUGUGUUAAUAAAGUGUUUUCUGGUUUUGG